UAGAAUGCUAUCCCCAAAAUGACACAGGGGAGAAACAAAAUGGAUGAAUAUAAUGUGGAAGGAGGUUCAGGCAGGUCCCAAAGCGAGAGUGCUAAGGGUCAAUUUCCUCCAUAUCCACCAGCUGCCCCAAGGCAGGAGCCACCUCUGGGCACUUAGGGUGGGAAGCUGCCGCCACCACUGCAGGGGAUAUGACGGGUCUUGCAGCAGGUGCCGCCACCGCCACGAGAGGCAGGCCGGACCUCGCCUCUCCUCACCCCCACUGCCGGACAGAGAGGGAGGCCAGCAGGCAGGCUGGGCCUCGCCACUCCUGUACUCACACGCCAAUGGCACAAGAAGCAGGCCAGGCCUCGCCUACCCUCCCCACCCACUGCCACCAUCUCCACCUCCGCCGCCGCUGUGCCCCCUCCUGAGCAGACGGCAGGAAAGAGGAAGACUCCAACACUCACCCACAUCCUCAGAGGGCCCCACCCACACCUGCUCUGACUGACACAGGGGACCCACCCCAACAUGACCUACGGGUAGCCCACCAACCCCCUCACCCAUUGGGAUCCACCGGGGAACCCACGCACAGCCUCCCCAAACUGGAUACGGUAUGUGGGGGGACGACAGAGAGGGGACGGGGGAAGGGUCUCAUCUUUUAUGAACUCAGCUAAUCCAUAAAAGUUAUUGCAGUACAUUCUUCAUUAAAUUAUCUUUCCAUUGAUAUGUAAUGAUAUGGUAUUUUAAAAAACGUUUAGGGGGUACUCUCAUUUUGACUGAAAAAUAUCACCACUGGGGGAGGGGAUGAAUACAGUUCAAAUUGGGAAAAAUAAACACAGUGGUACCUCAGUUUUCGAACAGCUUAGUUCUCAAACUACUUGGAACCUAAAUAAAAUUUCCUUCCAGUAACACUGUAGAGACCAACUAAGUUUGUCAUUGGUAUGAGCUUUCGUAUUUAUGCACACUUCUUCAGAUACACUGAAAGAGAAGUCACCAGACCCUUAUAUAUAGUGAGAGGGUGGAGCUGGGGUAUUACUCAGAAGGGUGGUGGGAAUGGGUGAUUGGCCGAUAGGUGUGGUAAACGUGUUGACUCUUAACGACGGCAAUUGGUCUUGCAGGAAAAAGCAAGGGGUGAGAUGGCAAAAAAUAGCUUUAACGUGUAGAAUGAGAUAAGAAUCCAAUGUUUCUAUUCAGACCAGGUCUCUCCGUGGUUUUACGUUUGGCAAUAAGUUGCAAUUCGGCAACUUCUCUUUCCAGUCUAUUUCUGAAAUUAUUCUGUAAUAAGACAGCUACUUUGAGAUCUUGUAUAGAAUGUCCUGGGAUAUUGACGUGUUCUCCUACUGGUUUCUCUGUCUUGUGAUUCCUGAUGUCAGGAUGUUCAGUGUAUCUGAAGAAAUGUGCAUGCACAUGAAAGCUCAUAUCAAUGACAAACUUAGUUGGUCUCUAUCACAAACUUAGUUGGUCUCCCUAAGUUUGUAGGGGACUCAGGUGGUGGCGUCGCUUAAACCACAGAGCCUAAGGCUUGCCAAUCAGAAGGCCAGUGGUUCAAAUCCACGCAAUUGAGUGAUCUUCCAUUGCUCGGUCCCAGCUCCUGCCAACCUAGCAGUUCGAAACCACAUCAAAGUGCAAGUAGAUAAAUAGGUACCGCUCCGGCGGGAAGGUAAACGACAUUUCCGUGCGCUGCUCCAGUUCACCAGAAGUGGCUUAGACAUGCUGGCCACAUGACCCGGAAGCUGUACACCAGCUCCCUCGGCCAGUAAAGCGAGAUGAGUGCCGCAACCCCAGAGUCGGUCACGACUGGACCUAAUGGUCAGGGAUCCCUUUACCUUUACUGUGUGUCUACCCACAACUGGAGGGUCAGAGAUGCCUCACCUCAGCAUACUGACUCCCUCGGCCAGUAAAGCGAGAUGAGCUCCGCAACCCCAGAGUCGUCCUAACAGUCUUUGGUCCAUUUACCUACGGUGCUACUGAAAGGAAUUUUUUUGUUGUUGUUUCGAUUACCUCAGACCAACAUGGCUACCCACCUGUAACUAAUACUUGGAACCUGAACACUUCAAACUCAGAAAUGAGUGUUCCAGUUUUGGAACUUUUUUCGGAAGCCGAACGUCCUCUGUUCUGAGUAUAACUUUUGUUUUGGGUGCCAUACUUCCGUUUUCCUUGUGAGGGAAGGUGGGCUAGGCAGCAAGUGAGCAGGUACCUGCUGGCCUCCAGCGAUAGGUUCCUCCACCACAACAGCAACCACCCCCUCCUCCAGCUCUGGUGGCCCCAACUCAGAGUGAGGGAAGGCUGGGCCAGGCGGCAAGUAGGAGUGGGAUUGGCAAGUAGGAGUGGGAUCGGGCUGCUCCUCUAGGAAGCGUUGCCGGUUGCACGGGAACAGGAGCUGGAUCGGGGCUGCUCAGCUAGGGAGGUGUAGGCUCCCUCACACUAUCCAUUGAGGGGUUUGCGGCUGCAUCAGAUCCCCUGCAACCCCAUGAAGGCAGCCAGGCUGAAUAGUUGCUGGGGUUGGGGAAGGUGGAGGCAGCCCAGAAGCUGCAUCUGAGAGCCCCUGCACCACCUGAAGGCAACCAGGCACUCCUCAGCGUGCAAGCAGGAGUGGAGGCGGGGAUCUCUCUGGGUGAAGCCUCCACGUCUGAGAGAUCCCCACCCUGCUCCUGAAGAAGGCUGCCUUCAGAGGUCUUCUAAAAGUUAUGUAAUUCUUUCUCUCUCUGACAUCUGCUAUUGAGAGGGGGUGUUCCACAGGGAGGGUGCCACUACUGAGAAGGCCCUCUGCCUGGUCCCCUGUAAAUGUGAGGGAACUGCCAGAAGACCCUCAGAAGUGUACCUCAGUGAUUAUGGGAUAUUUUCUUUUCCUUGUGUUAGAUGGAUGUUGAAACAAGGUGUGAUUGACAAGGCCAUGUCCUGAUCACAGAUUUCUGCCCAACACCACUCCUCUUCUGUGACGUGAUGUUUUGAUGACCCUGUGAGAAAUGUGUUGUGGGAAUUUUUAAAAACUCAUGUAAUCUUUGUUCUGGACAUUUUCUUUUUUUGCUCUCCUUAGAGAUUGAGACCUUUGUUGCAACAACUAAAUGAUCAUGCCUUCUGGCCACACAUUUGCUUCCUCAUUGCUUGGCUGCGGUCUUGCGUUUUAUGAUCAACCCAGCUCCUGUAGGGCUAGACUCCAGCGAAGUUGGAAAGCGCUUUAGAUAGCGUACCCCAAGAAUUGUUCUUUCCACCUGGAUGGAGUUGGGGAGCUGUCAAAACCAAACUCCAUCUUCUCCCCAUAACACAGAAGUCACAGAGUCCAGUCUCCUGCUGGAUGUCCCCCAAUCCAUAAAACAGUGUUGAGGCUGCGUCUAAGACCACACCUUUCUUUUUUGGUGGGGAGAAGAUAGUUGUCCCCAGGUGACUGCUCAGUGUCCCAGUAAGGGUGCUUUGGGAGGGAGGGAAGCACUCUUCUCUGGUUCCUCUCAGGCAGUAAAUGUCUUCGGCUCCCCCCUCCCUCAACGCUGGCUCCAUUUCUGCCCUUCAAAGAGGAUCUUGCAAUGCAAACAUUGGGAGGAGUCGUCCCCCCAUCAGCCCUUCUCCCGCUCUUCUGAUCCGAAGAAGAAGCAAGGGGGAGGGGAUCCCUUCUCUACCUUCCUCUCACUCCCCAACCCCCCCCCCAUCUGCCCUGUCUGUAGAUGGGAGGGGAUGAGAAACACACACUUCUCUCCCUGCACAAACCUCCCAAUUAAGUGGCCCCUCUUCCUCCUUCUCUCUUCCGAAAAUGAGGAUGGAGAGCCUUCCCAACUAACCCUGCAUCUCCCUUAAUAAAAACCACAACUUAUUUCCUCUCUAGGAAGCAUUCCUCCUCCAACAAUCCCUCCUUUUCUCACCCGCUCACCCUCAGGCUGAGUGAGUGGCUGUUGAGAACAUGUGAAGAGUGUUAGAGGCCAGAAGAGGAGUUCAUCUCCGUGUGGACUGUGAUUUGCUGAAGCUGUCGAUCAAUUGAUGGACUAGUUGUCUAGGUGCAAGUUUCUUUAGUGUGGAGGUACAUGAAAGGUGAGAUUAUAUCGUGUGGAAUUUAAGUGUUCAGGUAAAGAGGUGCUCUAACGAGUAUUCUGUUGGGAAAGUUUGAGCGGGGUUUAUAUACUAUUAGUGAGAUAUAUGAAAGGGCACAGCUACUAUUUCCCUCUCCUUUCCUGCUUCCUUUCCUGCAGCUCCAGGAAGGGAACUACCAUGGCUUCUGAGAACCUCAGGAAGAGGCUUCACGAGGAAUUUGCCUCGACUUCUUCCCAAGCCUCCGCGGGAGGAGAGCGAUCCCCGCAGAGGCUUGGGAAAAGGUAAACAACUCUGGGAAAAGGGGGUCCUUUCCCUGCCGUCUCCGGGGAUCGAACCUGGGACCUUCUCAGGAAAGAAACAGGAUAACAGAGCUUGUUUGGAAGGAGGAGAAUUUGUGUGUUCUGGGAGGGAGGCGUCACUCAUUCCUCUCCAUGGGUCAGUGAGCUCCGCUUCCUAGAGAGGCAGGAAGAUUUGGAGGGGGGAGGGGAGAGCCAAGGUUGGAGAGGGAGGGGCCGCCAUUCACAUUCCCGGAAGAGGAGCAGGUCUGCAGAGGAGGAAGAAAAAGAGAAAACAAAUAGGAUUUUCUCUCCCCCCCCACCCCCGUCGAAAAAAGACAGUGGAGAAGGCAGUCAAAAUUCUGGUGGGCCAUGUCCAAUGGAAAUAACGAAGAAACCAUUUAAAUACACGGAGUGUGAAAAGAGAGAGGAUAAACAAUUUGAAAGCAUGGAGUGUGGAAAGAGCUUCACUGAAAGUGGAAAACUUAGAAUUCAUCAACGGACUAACACGGGGGAGAAACCAUUUAAAUGUAUGGAGUGUGGACAGAGCUUCAGUCAGAGUGGAGGCCUUAGAAAACAUCAACGGAGUCACACGGGGGAGAAACCAUUUAAAUGUAUGGAGUGUAGAAAGAGCUUCAGUCAGAGUGGACACCUUAGAAUACAUCAACGGAGCCACACGGGGGAGAAACCAUUUAAAUGUAUGGAGUGUGGAAAGAGCUUCAGUCGGAGUGGAGCACUUAGAAUUCAUCAACGGAUUCACACGGGGGAGAAACCAUUUAAAUGUAUGGAGUGUGGAAAGAGCUUCAGUCAGAGUGGAGAGCUUAGAACUCAUCAACGGAUUCACACAGGGGAGAAACCCUUUCAAUGCAUGGAGUGUGGAAAGAGCUUCACUGACAGUGGGAGCCUUAGAAUACAUCAACGGAGUCACACGGGGGAGAAACCAUAUAAAUGUAUGGAGUGUGGAAAGAGCUUCAGUCAGAGUGGAAGCCUUAGAAUACAUCAACGGAGUCACAAGGGGGAGAAACCAUUUAAAUGUAUGGAGUGUGGAAAGAGCUUCAGUCAGAGUGGAGACCUUAGAAUACAUCAACGGAGUCACACGGGGGAGAAACCAUUUAAAUGUAUAGAGUGUGGAAAGAGCUUCAGUAAGAGUGGACCACUUAGAAAACAUCAACGGUCUCACACGGGGAAGAAACCAUUUAAAUGUAUGGAGUGUGGAAAGAGCUUCAGUGAGAGUGGACAACUUAGAAUACAUCAACGGAGUCACAUGGGGGAGAAACCAUUUGAAUGCAUGGAGUGUGGAAAGAGCUUCACUCACAGUGGAACACUUAGAAUUCAUCAACGGAGUCACACGGGGGAGAAACCAUUUGAAUGCAUGGAGUGUGGAAAGAGCUUCAUUCAGAGUUCAGACCUUAGAAACCAUCAACGGACUCACACAGGAGAGAGACCAUUUAAAUGUAUGGAGUGUGGAAAGAGCUUCAGUCAGAGUGGAGACGUUGGAAAACAUCAACGGAUUCACACAGGAGAGAAACCAUUUAAAUGUGUGGAGUGUGGAAAGAGCUUCAGUCAGAGUGGAAACCUUAGAAAACAUCAACGGACUCACACGGGGGAGAAACCAUUUGAAUGCAUGGAGUGUGGAAAGAGCUUCACUCACAGUGGAACACUUAGAAAACAUCAAUGGACUCACACGGGGGACAAACCAUUUAAAUGCAUGGAGUGUGGAAAGAGCUUCAAUCAGAGUGGAAACCUUAGAAUACAUCAACGGACUCACACGGGGGAGAAACCAUUUCAAUGCAUGGAGUGUGGAAAGAGCUUCACUGAAAGUGGAAAACUUAGAAAACAUCAACGGACUCACACGGGGGAGAAACCAUUUGAAUGCAUGGAAUGUGGAAAGAGCUUCAGUGAGAGUGGAAAACUUAGAACUCAUCAACGGACUCACACUGGGGAGAAACCAUUUAAAUGUAUGGAGUGUGGAAAGAGCUUCAGUCAGAGUGGAACACUUAGAAAACAUCAACGGACUCACACCGGGGAGAAACCAUUUAAAUGUAUGGAGUGUGGAAAGAGCUUCAGUCAGAGUGGAGACCUUAGAAAACAUCAACGGACUCACUCAGGGGAGAAACCAUUUCAAUGCAUGGAGUGUGGAAAGUGCUUCACUGACAGUGGAACACUUAGAAUACAUCAACGGAGUCACACGGGGGAGAAACCAUUUCAAUGUAUGGAGUGUGGAAAGAGCUUCAGUGAGAGUGGAGCACUUAGAAUGCAUCAACGGACUCACACUGGGGAGAAACCAUUUAAAUGUAUGGAGUGUGGAAAGAGAUUCAGUAAGAGUGGAGCACUUAGAAUUCAUCAACGGAGUCACACGGGGGAGAAACCAUCUAAAUGUAUGGAGUGUGGAAAGAGCUUCACUGAGAGUGGAACACUUAGAAGACAUCAACGGAGUCACAUGGGGGAGAAACCAUUUAAAUGUAUGGAAUGUGGAAAGAGAUUCACUCAGAGUGGAGACCUUAGAAUUCAUCAAAGGACUCACACGGGGGAGAAACCAUUUAAAUGUAUGGAAUGUGGAAAGAACUUCAGUCAGAGUGGAUACCUUAGAAUUCAUCAACGCACUCAUACGGGGGAGAAACCAUUUAAAUGUAUGGAGUGUGGAAAGAGCUUCAGUCAGAGUGGACACCUUAGAAUACAUCAACGGAGUCACACGGGGGAGAAACCAUUUAAAUGCAUGGAGUGUGGAAAGAGCUUCAGUCAGAGUGGAGACCUUAGAAAACAUCAACGGACUCACACAGGAGAGAGACCAUUUAAAAAGCGUGGAGUGUGGAACGAGCUUCAGUGAGAGUGGACCACUUAGAAAACAUCAACAGACUCACACGGGGGAGAAACCAUAUAAGUGCCAGGGAAGUGGACAGAGGUUCAGUUGAAGUCGAAGUCUUACAAACAAUCAAAAGACUCUGAGGGGUAAGAG